ACUAAUGGAGGAAAUGGGUGGUGGUUAGGAAAGUUAAAAAAGAAAGUCAUCACAAACCAGUCUUUAUCCUUGACAAAAACCACACCCACGAUGUUUCCUUGUUGAUUCUUUCAGUCUUCUACUCCUUCUCCUCCUCUCUUUCCUCUUUCUGCUGGGGGAGUUUGGCUUGGUCUUUCCCCCAUUUUUAGGGCUUGGGUUCCUUAUUUUUCUUCACCCAUCUCACACACCCAUCAGAGUUUCAGGGAUAGGUUUUUGUCAACUGAUUCUCUAGUGCUGUGCUCCAAUUUUACAAGUAAUGGCUACCUAAGUUGCUGGAAACCCCUCAAUUUUGUCAAUUAUUUUGGGUGUUUUUAGUGGGGGGCACAUGGCCUUGACUAGCAAAUAUCUUGUGGUUGUUGCCCACAGCUUGAUCUGGGUGGUGUUGUUGAGUUAUAGUAAUGUUUGCUAUGCUACUGAGACUGAUAUCUAUUGCUUGAAGACUAUAAAGAAUUCUCUUCAAGACCCUAAUAACUAUUUGAACUUUUCCUGGAAUUUCAACAAUAAUACUGAGGGAUUCAUCUGUAAGUUUGCGGGGAUCGAUUGUUGGCACCCAGAUGAAAACAGAGUUCUUAAUAUCCGCCUCUCUGACAUGGGUCUCAAAGGCCAGUUCCCUCGUGGGAUUCGCAACUGCUCAAGCUUGACAGGGUUAGAUCUUUCUAACAACAAGCUGUCAGGCUCCAUCCCUUCUGAUAUAUCAGAGUUACUCAAAUUUGUUACAACCCUCGAACUCUCAUCCAACAGUUUUGCUGGCGACAUUCCCCCAAGUCUUGCAAAUUGUUCAUAUCUGAAUGUACUUAAACUUGAUAAUAACCGGUUAACAGGGACCAUUCCCCUGCAACUCAGCCAGCUCAAUAGGCUCAAAACGUUUAGUGUUGCCAACAAUCUCUUGACAGGGCAGAUCCCAAACAUUAACAGUACCACACGUGAGGACUAUGCAAACAAUCCAGGACUCUGUGGGAAACCUUUUUUCGAUCUUUGCCAGGCUUCUCCAAAGAAGUCCCGUAUUGGAAUUAUUGCUGGUGCAGCAGUUGGAGGGGUGACCAUAACAGGUAUUGUUGUGGUCAUCAUUUUGUACUACAUCUCACGUGGCGUGGUUAUAAAGAAGAAGAAGAAGGAAGAUGAUCCUGAUGGUAACAAAUGGACAAAGAGCAUAAAAGGACUGAAAGGCUUGAAGGUUUCAAUGUUUGAGAAGUCAAUUUCAAAGAUGAGAUUGAGUGAUCUCAUGAAAGCCACUAACAACUUCAACAAAAAUAACAUCAUUGGAGAUGGAAGAACAGGAUCAGUGUACAAGGCAGUGCUUCCUGAUGGUUGUUCACUCAUGGUUAAGAGGUUGCAGGACUCGCAACGCUCAGAGAAAGAAUUUGUGUCUGAGAUGAACACUCUGGGGACUGUGAAACACCGUAACUUAGUUCCAUUGAUGGGCUUUUGCAUGGCCAAGAAGGAGAGGCUUUUGGUGUAUAAAUACAUGGAAAAUGGGAACCUAUAUGAUCAACUGCAUCCAUUGGAACCUGAGGCCAAGGGCAUGGAAUGGCCCCUGAGGCUUAGAAUUGCGAUUGGGACGGCUAAAGGUUUGGCUUGGCUCCAUCAUAGCUGCAAUCCUCGAAUUAUCCAUAGAAAUAUAAGCUCUAAAUGCAUAUUGCUGGAUGAGAAUUUUGAACCCAAAUUAUCUGAUUUCGGGCUUGCAAGGCUCAUGAACCCUGUCGACACUCAUUUGAGUACUUUUGUCAAUGGAGAGUUUGGAGAUUUGGGUUAUGUGGCUCCUGAGUAUCUACGAACACUGGUUGCCACGCCCAAGGGGGAUGUUUAUAGUUUUGGUACUGUUCUUCUUGAGCUGAUUACUGGUGAGAGACCAACCCAUGUUUCCAAUGCCCCCGAUGGCUUCAAGGGAAGUUUGGUGGAGUGGAUCACUGAUCUAUCAAGUAAUUCCCCUCUCCAAACUGCCAUUGACAAGUCUUUGCUUGGGAAAGGUUUUGAUGGUGAGCUCAUGCAGUUUCUUAGAGUUGCCUGCAAGUGUGUCUCAGAGACUCCAAAAGAAAGACCAACAAUGUUUGAAGUUUACCAGCUCCUCAGAGCAAUUGGUGAGAGAUACCAUUUCACAACUGAUGAUGAGAUUUUUGUGCCUUCCAACACUGCCGAUGCUGAUCUCCCAGAUGAGCUUAUUGUGGCUCGAGAAACAAAGGAGGUCCCCUGAAAGAUGCAGGUAAUUUUAAGCAUGAAGUUUAGUAGUUUGAUGCCAUAUGAGAUCCCUAGUAUAGAAUCCUUGUUGCAGUGAUGGGUACAUGCACAUAUGUAAAAUAUGUGGUAGUGCUCCAAUCAUUUGUUUUAGACUCUCUUCAAACCACCAAUUGUAUAUAUUACUUGCUGUAAUGCUGAGAUAUUGUUCUCAUCUCAUAAGACCUCUUCAAACCAUCAUUUGUUUCUAGUUAUUUGUAAGGUCUGAAUAAGACUGUUUUAUGAAGUGUGGGGAAGGUCAAACUCCUUUUCUCC